AUGAAGAUCGUCGGAUUACUCAUAGCUUGCGUUAGUGCAAUCAGUGCAAUGACAAUCACAUCUAUCAAGGUUAGAUGCGAAUUUAAAGACAAGCCCUGGCUUGUGUUCACCGAGGAACGCUCUUUACUUCCAUACAUGCUUACUACUGAGAAUCUCCCUGCAACAAGAGAAUACCUUAGAGCAACUGGAAUUCAGAGAGCAUAUGUCUUUGGAUGGAAUGGAGAAUAUACGAAAGUCAUCCCAUUUGUUGUUGAGGCAGCAGCAGGCUCAGUCACGCCAUUCAUAGCAGACAGAAACACUGCAGAGUACAUUCUGUGUGUUGGUGAAUGCCCGUGCCCAAUGGCAGGUACCCAAGGAAAUGCAGUACAGAUAGUCGGUACUUCUAAUGGAAGGUCUGUCAUCCGUGUUAACCCUGGAAAUAACAACAGUGUGAAUCCAUGCUUUGAAGACAAGAAGACACGCAGAUGUGAAGAAGAAUCUUCAUGCAGCGAGGCAGGUGUCAAGUGCUACGACUUCGUGUCUGUCAAGAAGGAGAAGUGCGGAUUCUCAUCUGGAUACAGGAGGUUCCCGAACAGGAAGCUUGAAAUCACCGAGAGCUUGAAGGACUAUGUGUUUGACAUCAAGACAUUACACAGGAAAGGAGAUACCAUUGUCAAUGUGACCUCAAAAAGCAACAAGGAAAAGAUUGAGAAAUUCGUGAUCACGAAGAACGGAGAAAUCAAGGGAACGGACAACAAGAAAUGCAAGAUUGAUCCUCUACCCAGGUGCCUGAAGAACCCAAAGAAACUUUACAAACUCAAGCAAUGCAUUGAGGCAAGAUUUAAUGGCAUGAAGGUGUGCAUGUACGUCAAUGACAAGUGCGAGAUAUUCGUAGUAGUGCCUAAGGGCGAUGCAUGUGUGGCCUACAAGGUCAUAAUCAAGGGAGAUGGAAGGAAAGAGAAGAUUCGCUUGGGUAAACAGAUCAGAGGUAACAGGCUCCGUGAGUUGAAAAAGAAUGGACUCUUUGGUGUUGAAUUUGCUUCAAUCGAUUGCAAUUGA